UCGUUGAAAACUUCCCCAGUUGUUCACCUAGCCGUAUGCUAUCCAGAUUUUGUGGGCAGCUAAGGGAUCACAUAAAACGUUAUUAAAAAUGCCUUCUGGCAAAAAUUUCAGGCGGAGAAGAGACUCGUCAGAUGUGGAGGAAGAUGAGACCACUGAAGAAGUCAGGUCAAAAGUAGAAGAGGCGAAAGAGCUCCAGACCUUGCGGCAACGACAGAAGGGAGUCAGUGUGACCGCCUUGUUAGUUGGAGAGAAACUCCCACCAGAAAAUGAAAACGAUAAUGACCCGUUUAAACUGAAGAGCGGAGGGGUCGUAGACAUGAAGAAAAUCAAAGACAGGAACAGGGACAUGACAGAAGAUGAGACGGACCUCAACCUGGGCACCUCUUUCUCUGCUGAAACCAACAGAAGAGACGAGGAUGCAGACAUGAUGAAAUAUAUUGAGACAGAGCUGAAAAAGAAGAAGGGCCUGGUGGAGGCAGUUGAACAGAAAGUGAAGGUGAAGAAUGCAGAAGACCACCUGUACGAGCUACCCGAGAGCAUCCGAGUCAACUCUGCCAAGAAGACCGAGGAGAUGUUAUCCAAUCAGAUGCUGAGCGGGAUCCCUGAGGUCGAUCUCGGCAUUGAUGCAAAGAUUAAAAACAUCAUCUUUACGGAAGAGGCAAAAGCCAAGCUUCUGGCAGAACAGAGGAACAAGAAAAAAGACCAAGGCACAUCAUUUGUACCAACCAACAUUGCUGUCAACUACGUACAACACAACCGCUUCUAUCAUGAGGAUGUGAAUGCACCACAGAGGCAUCACAGACACAGAGAAGAGCCCAAGGCAAGGCCCCUGCGUGUGGGAGACACUGAGAAACCAGGUCCAGAAGCAUCACCCCCGCCAAACUACCGCAAACGUCCAAACAAUGAAAAGGCCACAGAUGACUACCACUAUGAGAAAUUCAAGAAGAUGAACAGACGAUAUUGAGGAGUUGCAAGUUUUUUCUUAAUGAAUUGCUUAAUGUGUUUUUUUUGUUUUUUUAAGAAAUCAAGAUGUAAAAGAUAAUUUGUAGAUUGGUUUUCCAAAACAAAUGUUGAUGGAACACCGUUGCAGUGCUGCGAAAAUAUUUUAUAUUGCUCAUUAUCUGUAGGCAGCACAAUGUGUUAUGUUAAACACCGUGGCAUCCCAGCUCUGAAUUGUUAAGCGUUUUGUUUUUCGUCCAAUUCAAAAUCUUGGCCUGUAUUUUUUUUUUUUCAAGGCUUUAAAAAACUGAUUUGAUUAAAAAGGUAAAACCAA